GGAGUGGCCGUGGUAGACUCUAACUCAGGCCUCCAGACUUGGUGGCAGCCACCUCCACCUGAUGAGCCAUCUUGCUAGCCUACCUCAUAUCCAGCUGGGAAUGACCCUGGUCACUGAAUUUCUGGGCCAGCUGGGUCAUUUAGAAUCUCAAAUCAAAACCGCAUAACCUAGCUGGGUAUGUCAGCUCGAGUCUUUACCAGAGGCAUUCAUAUCUCUAAGUUUGAGGCAGAGUCAGGCAGAUGUCUACAGUUCUCCUGAUCUACAGAGCGAAUUCCAGGACAGCCAUAGCUACAGAGGAACCCAGUCUUUUAGACUAACAACAACGAAAAAAGAAAUCUUUGAGUCAGCAAACCGUGUGUGUUACAAAGUCAGUGUGUAAAGGCGUGUGCCGCUGACACUCAGAACCUGAGCUGCACCCCUGGAAACCACAUGGGAGGAGAGCGCUGACUCCCACAAAUUGUGUGAUCACACCCUACCAAAUACACACGGAGAAAACAGCCUUCCUUAACUCAGCCUGUCUCCUGAGGGUCACUCUCCCAGGUCUGAGGGUCAGGAUAUGGCUUUUGGGGGACUAUGUUCAGCCAACCUUCGAGUCUCCCCUUUAACAUCUAGGCCUCCAGUACCCUGGGUUGCUGAGCAUGGCUGAGGAACUCUGUCUAGAUGCAGGUUUGCCACACAAGAACCCCAGGGACCUCGACUACCACAGAGCUGGUUAUGUCAUAAUGGCAGGCAGUGUCCCUGGGUUCCGCUGGGCCAGGCCCUGCCUGUGGUCAGUGUGGAGAAAGAGCUUCAACAGGACAAGUGGGGGCCACAAGCAGCUCUGGCCAGGGCCAGCGACAGGAAUAGCCCAAGAGGCCAGGAGAACUUGUGUGUCGAGUCCUGUGUGGGAACUCAGCCAGGAACCACAGAGGGACCUAGAAGGGACCCUGAGCCUGUGGAAGAGCUGGAUUUGGGAAGACUCCAGUUUGAGAACACAGACCCGUGAGAAGCACUGCAGAGGGAAGCAGGAGGGAAGCCUGGAGGCCACCAGCCCUAUGGACGGAGCCCUGCCGGGGCUCAGACCACUGAGGAAAUGUGUGAAGCAACGCCUGAGGGGUCUCAGCAAGACCCCCGUGCAGGAAGCAGGGGAGGAUCCUACGGAGGCAAAGGGAGCUGUGGGGGAUCCCAGGACUUGGAACAACCACCUCAGGGUCCCCACAAGAGAGCAGGAGGUGCAGGAGACCCGGCGGAGGCAUGAACGGCACUUGGUGGAGGUGGACAGCAGCCGGCAACAGGAAUAUGACUUCAAGAUAGCUCAGGCCCUGGAGGAGCUGCGCAGCCAGCACGACGAGCAAGUGCGUCUGUACCGGCUGGAGCUGGAGCAGACCUACCAGGCUAAGCUGGACAACACCAAGUUGAUCUCGGACCAGAAUGACAAGGCAGCCCGUGCUGCGCGGGAGGAGCUCAAGGAGGCCCGCAUGCGCGUGGAGUCCCUCAGCUACCAGCUCUCAGGUCUCCAAAAGCAGGCCAGUGCUGCAGAGGACCACAUCCGCGAGCUGGAGGAGGCCUUGGCUGGGGAGCGUGACAAGUUCCGCAACAUGCUGGAUGCAAAGGAGCAGGAGAUGGCAGAGGUGCGCGACGCCAUGCAGCAGCAGCUGGCGGAGUACCAGGAGCUGCUGGACAUCAAGCUGGCCUUGGACAUGGAGAUAUGCUCCUACCGCAAGCUUCUGGAGGGCGAGGAGGAAAGGCUUAAGCUGUCCCCCAGCCCUUCAUCACGGGUCACCAUCUCUCUGGCCACUUCAAGCAGCAGCAGCAGCAGCAGCAGUGGGGUUGGCAUGUCUUUGGGGCGGGGCCGAAGCAAGCGCCAGCGGCUGGAGACGGAGGACACUCCAGGCUCACCCAGCAGUGCCUCCAGCGUGAGCAGCGGCUCUCGCCUGGCUCAGCAGGCUGGGGCCACGGGUGUUGUGAACAUCGACGAGGUGGACCUGGAGGGCAGGUUCGUGCGUCUUAAGAACUCUUCAGACAAGGAUCAAUCUUUGGGGAACUGGAGGAUCAAGAAACAGGUUCUGGAGGGUGAGGACAUCGCCUACAAGUUCACACCCAAGUAUGUCCUGCGAGCCGGCCAGACGGUCACGGUGUGGGCAGCUGGCGCAGGGGCUACACACAGCCCCCCAUCAACCCUUGUGUGGAAGAACCAGAGCAGCUGGGGGUCUGGGGAGAACUUCCGCACCGUCCUGGUCAAUGCGGACGGCGAGGAGGUGGCCGUGCAGGCUGCAAAGCCGCCAUCUGUCCAGGGGCACGAGAGCAGGGAGGAGGAGGAAGAGGCAGAGGCAGAGUUUGGUGAAGAGGACCUUUUCCACCAGCAGGGGGACCCAAGGACUACCUCAAGGGGCUGCCGGAUGAUGUGAAACCUGCCCACAGUCACCAUGGUCCCCAGAGCCCCUGAAAUUAUUUUUUUAUGGUCUGCUCUCACGAGUCCUUGGUCCAUUUCUAGAUGACUUGUUAAGCAACCAUGAGAAUGUGGGUGGGCUCUGCUGGGUUUCCGAGAUGGAAGUGUCCUCUACCCACAGGCCUCACUUGGGCCUGAGCUCAUGCCCAUGCUGUCAUGUCGUGAUGUCAUGUGAUGUCAUGCUGUCAUGUCGUGAUGUCAUGUGAUGUCAUGCUGUCAUGUCGUGAUGUCAUGUGAUGUCGUGAUGUCAUGUCGUGAUGAUAUAGAGGCCUGGGCUGGGAACCUGGAGGCUGUGGGACUUGGGCCUGGAUCUGGGGCAGGAGAAUGCCUGCUAGUUCAGGGUGGACCUUGUAUGACACUGGUGAUUCAGAGGUUUUCUUUGAAACUUUUCAAAUCAAGUCAGAAUCCAUGUUUGGAUUUAAGGAAAUCAAAUUCAGAAAGAGGGCUGUGGGGCUCACUAGCCUGUCAGGUUGGUGGCUCAUAGGACACAGGACAGACGCUCCUCUCCUGGAGUUGUUGGCGCUUGCAGAGCACCUGAACCCAGGGACGGUCCAGCUUUGUGCUCUGAGUCUGAAGGGUUUAUAAUAGUCCCUAGCUUGAGGGCAUUCAGAGGCUUCUCUGGGCCCAGAUUCUAAAAUGUUCUAGUCCCUUCUAAAGCUGAGGGCUCAGAAGGAGGGAGCUCACUCACACAUGGGGUGGUUCCUCCCAUCCUAAGACUGAAGGGGACAGGCAGAUCGUGGGCGUUGUGUAUUCAGGAUCAAAGGCUGCGGAAUCCCAGCCAGUGACUGCUCACAGGCGUGUGGCCAGGCUAGCUGUGCAACUGGCCUCACGUGUAUGUACCCUGCGCGGCCCCUCUCUGAACCACCCUGAAAACGAGGCCUGGAAACUUGCUUCCCUGCGACUAAACGCCAGGAGCCAGCCAGUUUUACCUGUCACCUCCCCACCAAUGACACAUGGUAUUUUUUUAAAGAAUAUUUAUUUUUUUACAUCAGUAGCCCAGCUCACUGGGACGCUGCUCUGGGAGUGCAGGCCUGGAGCUGCCACAACUGGGGGUUACCUAUGACAGCUUCCUUUACCGAGCUGUCGGGAGUGCUGUCUCCCUCCUGGCACAGCUGAUGGUAGUAGGGAGAAUUCAGGCCUAGUCUUCCCCCAAGGCAAGAGCUCUUGGCCACAGGAAGCCACCACUGCCACCGACCUCCAGAAUCCACCAGCCACCUCCUGCUUCUAGAUACCUCCGUUUUCUUUAAGUGACCGGUGUUGGAUCCUGGAUAGUGGUAGCUGACUGCAGUCACUGCUGCCUUGCUGCCUUGCCCACAGUGCAGGUGCUCUCCAGUGUACCGCGAACUGGAGCUGGCUUCCUUGUGGUUGAAGAGCAGGUCUAGAGUAAUCUGCAGGUCCUCAGAGGUCUGUUUCUGGUCCGGCCAGGCGAGGUGGUUACCGGAGUGGCACUUCUACUGGGAGCCGCCUGCACUGCACACAUUGCUCAGCUUCUACAGAUCCUUUCUUUUAUAAGAUGCAUGCCAAACGUGUUCCACUUUUUCUUUUCUGCCUAUGAUUUGUAAUAUACAUUUUACUACUGGGAACUUUUGUACACUCAAAUAAACACUGAUUUUAACUGCAGCCUCUGAGUUGAUCCUCUGUCCCCGAAAGGAACCGCGAGAAUUUUACAUGGUACUCAAGCGCAGCGGGGAGGUCCUCAGUGAAAUGAAACUCCAGCCUUUGCCAGGGCGUUAAAAGUCAGUGUGC